AUGGGUGAACGUUAUGGUGGAAAAUCGACAUUAGUCAAUAUUAUGGCCGGUACUGUUUAUCCUACUCUUGGACGAGUAGUUGUCAAUGGAAAUGUAGGAUUUUGUGCGCAGGGCAAUAUUCAUUGUGAACACAUGAGCAUUUUGGAUCUACUGAUAUAUUUUGGAAUGCUACGAGGGUAUGACCUACCUCGAGCUAAAACAGAAUCUGCUAAACUGCUAUUAGAGCUAAAUCUUUUUGAUUAUUACAAUGCUUCCACAUCAUCUUUGCGACCGAAUCAACUUAGAAAAUUGUCUAUAGCUUUGGCAGUGAUUGGAGAAGUAGACAUAUUGUUACUAGAUCAACCAACGGCAGGUUUAGACACGACAACUCAGAGAGAAAUUUGGAGUUUCCUUUUGAAGUACCGUGGUGUAAAAACAUUAAUCAUAACAACUGAAGAUUCCUCAGAAGCAGAAUUGCUGGCGGAUAAAUUAGCAAUAGUUUAUCGAGGAUCUUUGCAGUGUCUUGGUUCACCAUGGUACAUCAAAGGAUUAUUUCGAUACGGUUAUACAUUGACCAUGAUCUGUUCCAAUGUCUUUUACCCUCAACGAGUCAUCGAUCUUGUGAAGAGACAUAUUUCCGUAACUGAAACCGUGCAUGAUGCAAAUCCGAUAUUUGUGGUAACUCUGCCUGUACUGGAAACACAUAAAUUUCCAAAUUUAUUCGAAGAAAUUGAAAAUUAUAAGAACUACUUGGGCAUAAUAACUUUUCAUUUGGAACAAGCUGUAAUGGAAGACGUAUUUACUGGGGCUCCUGGUGAAUUGCCAGACAUGCCUCUAUCUCUAGUUCUGCAUGACGCAAGUAGACAAAAUAUGGCGGAAGAUUUCGAACAAGGCAGUUCAAGUCGAAAAUAUAGAAUACAAUGGAAGGGAACUCUUCUUAUUUAUCGACAGUUUAUUUCAUUGGCAUAUAGAAAAUUAGCAUGUAUGAUUAUGAAUUGGAUGCCCUAUACACUCAUUUUUACGUUGUCAAUGGUUGCAGUUAUUAUUUCAUUACUGCAUCUAGAACCAAUGGAUACCAAAUACAGAAGAAAUUGUCCUCCUCGUAUAGACACAGCUUUGAUAUUUAGAAACAUCAGACAAGAAUUUCAAACUGAAUUUUGGACUGAUGCUGUAUUGAAUCAGAUCACAAAUUUUAGUGAACGUAUACAAUAUUACGAUUCUAGAAUGCAAAUUAAACAUUUGGGAAAAAUUACUCCAGCAACUGUUGUGUUUGAACUUACCGAUUACAAACAGAAUUUUUUGCAAGUUCAUUUAUUUAGUAACAACUUCUGCCAUGAUAUAAUAUUAAAUGAUCUGUUGGCAAACAUCGUUUUAAAGAUUGAAAAGGAUAAUCCACUAAUGAUACAGACAAAAGUUGUAAAAGAAGAUGGAUAUAAUGAUUUAUACUAUGUCUCUUCAAAUUACUGGUGCCCAAUUAUUGGUUUUGUAUUCGCCUUUGCGAUUCCAAUUGCAGCAUCAGUUCCUUACGCAGAAAAAUCUAAUUUUUUCAAACAACAAAUGCACUAUGCUGGAGUAUCUUCUUUAAUGUAUUGGAUAACAAUUGCUCUAGUGGAUAUUUUAUUCUACACAAUUUACAGUUUGUGCUUACUUCUAUGCUUGAUGUGGUUUUCCGACAGCGAUUAUACUUCAUCAGAGUGGCAGCUUCAAACCGGGUAUGUGGUAAUAUUUACAAUAUCAGUCAUCUCCAUAGCUGCUCCAGAAGCAUGGUACAAAUGGAGAAGCGAUAUAAUCCGGAAUUUAUCCAGAUACAGUUCUUUGCAUGAUGUCAGAAAAAUCAGUUUCUUAGAAACAGAGUACAUUAUUUUUACGAUUACUAAAACUUUAGCACAACUUAUACCUUCCGUAGCAUUCAGCCAAGGGUUGCACGAUCUAUUUUUUGUAUUAACCAAACUUUCGAAUUGUCAACUCAGCAAAAUGGAACCGCCUGAAACGUGUGACAAAAUAUAUAAUAGACUGUACGAUUGUUGUCAAAUGAGGUGUAAUUUAACAAAAUUUUAUAAUUUUGAUUGCCCCGAUGAAUUAUCAACAAAACUUCUUUAUCAAUCCGGCGUACUACAAGCAAUUUUGUUCUUGAUUCUGGAUUUGGUUAUAGUAAUUUUAAUAUUAUACCUGUAUGAGGCGCGGAUUCUAAAUAAUGAAACUUAUAGCAAUUAUGGAACUUUGGUCAUACCAACGGAUAAUGAAGUAUUACAAGAAAAAUUUGCAAUAGAACAAAUUUUAGCAAAUACUCUUAGUGAUGCCAGCACAUCGCAGAAUUAUAAACUGCUCGUUUCACGAAUACACAAGAGGUAUGGCAAAACUAUAGGUGCCGGUGGUUUAACAUUUGGUGUACUGGCUAAUACUGGAUUUGCACUAUUAGGAAACAGUAAAUCAGGGAAAACAACAAUUAUGCGUAUUUUGAGUGGAUCAGAAGUAUCAUUUGGUGGAGAUGCCUUUAUCGGAAAUGCCAGACUGACAAAACAUGGCUCCAAAUAUCUAAGUCAAAUAACACACUGUGAUGAAACUUCCACAUAUACAGAAGCCUUAAGCAUUGAAGAUACAUUGCAUCUUCUGAUGACGUUAAAUGGUUAUAGUGAUUCUUAUAGAAGGGAAAGAAUCAAUAUGUUUAUAAAAGCAAUGCAAUUAGAAGAUUAUAGACGGAAGAAGGUACACGAUGUGAAUCAAGAUGUCCGGCGAAGGUUUGCGAUCGCCCAAGCACUUCUUUGCGGCCGAGAUCUUGUCCUACUCGAUGAACCCACCCGUGGCCUAACCCACGUGUCCAAAAGGCUCAUUUGGAGAAUGAUUCGACAUUAUGUGCUUCAAGGAGGCACCAUACUACUGGCAUCAUCCAAUCUUAUAGAAUGCGAAGCUUUGUGCAAUCGUAUUGGAAUCUUAGAAAAUGGACAAAUCGAAUAUAUUUGCACAACCACGACCCUCAAUAGAAAAGUCAAUCGGUAUUAUAGUGUUUUAUUGAAGCUGCGAAUAUUAGCUAUAUCCAAGCAAGGAAUACUGUCUUUGAAAAGAGAUUUAGAGUCUCGCUUCCGAAUGCAAGAGUCAAAUGAUUAUCCGGAGUUCAUAUGUUACAGUGUAUCUCAAUCUGAUGCAUCUUUGUCGGAUUUAUUCACAACUUUGGAUCAAAUCAAGAAAACAAAUCGUAUCCUAGAAGAUUACAAUAUAAGUGAAGAACGAUUGCGUAUAACAGCAAUUAAGAAAAAAGGAAUUAAAUUUAUCAAAGAUGAAAGACGAAGGACCGAGGAUUAUUUAAAUGCUUUAAAGUAUUGA